AUGGAUGUUCUUCAGAAUCAGUCGCCAGCUGCGGUACUUGCUGCAGGUUUUGGCUCUCUCUACAUCUUAUACCUUCUAGUUCAAGCAACAAUCACUUCCCACCAACGCUACCUCAUUUCUCGCAAACAUGGCUGCAGACCAGUCCCAACUUAUCCGCACAAGGAUCCCAUCUUCGGACUGGACGUAUUCCUCAAGAACUAUAAGCUGUCCAAUAACGGAGGCUUUCUUGAUGAUGUCAAGAGGAAAUAUGAGAAAGUGAUCGGCGGUUAUACUUUUACACAGCUUGUCUUGGGUGAGAGGAUGAUCCUCACUGCGGAGCCAGAAAAUAUCAAAGCCAUUCUGGCCACUCAGUUCAAGGAUUUCGAGCUACCUCCUCGCAGAAAGGUGGCAUUCCAACCUGUUUUCGGCCAUGGAAUCUUCUCUACCGAUGGGGGGGAAUGGGAAACGUCUAGGGCAUUGCUGCGACCCAAUUUCUCUAGAAGCCAAGUCGGAGACCUUGAUACGUUCGAGGUUCACAUCUCCAAUAUGAUCUCCAAGAUCCCACGCGAUGGAUCUACAGUGGAUCUUCAGGCGUUAUUCUUUCAGCUCACCAUGGACUCUGCUACCGAUUUUCUGUUCGGAUACAGCACAAAUGUGCUGGGUAGUUCUGGCAAUUCUGAAGCUGGCCAAAGAUUUACUGAUGCCUUCUCUUAUGUGACCUUCAAAAUAGGAAUAGAGGCUCGAAUCGGCAGACUUGUAACCAUCAUACCAGACAAGAAGUACCAGGAGGGGGUAAAAUUCAUACAUCAAUACGUCGCAAAUUACGUGCAGAAAGCUAUGGGCCUACACCAGCAGAACUUGAAAGAUGGCAAGCUUGGUAAGGAUGAUGAGAAGGCGGGGAAGUAUGUGUUCUUGGAACAUCUCGCAAAGACCAAUUAUUCGGAGAGAAAAAUACAAGAUGAACUUCUCAAUAUUCUACUAGCAGGCCGAGACACCACAGCAAGUCUUCUAGGUUACUUCUUCUAUAUUUUGGCUCGCCGUCCCGACGUUAUGGCGAAACUCAGAGAGGAGAUCUCGAAAUUGGGAAACACACGACCCUCGUUUGAAGAAAUCAAGAGCCUGAAGUACCUGCAGCGUUGUCUGAAUGAGACUCUGCGAUUGCAUCCUAUCGUCCCGAUGAACAGUCGCGUUGCGGUCCGCGAUACAACGAUCCCCCUUGGUGGCGGUCCAGAUGGAAAGUCACCAGUGCUGGUUAAAAAGGGUCAGUCGGUCAACUACUCGGCGUACGUGAUGCACCGAAGGACGGAUUUUUAUGGCGAAGAUGCCCUUGAGUUCAAGCCCGAGAGAUGGGAAAAGUUGAGACCCAGCUGGCAAUAUCUUCCGUUCAACGGAGGCCCUCGCAUCUGCAUCGGACAACAGUUUGCCUUGACUGAAGCCUCGUACACAGUGAUCAGGCUGCUCCAGAGCUUCUCAUCAAUCGAGAAAAGGGAUGACUCGGAGCUCUUGGAGUAUCUUACUUUGACAUCUGCUGUUAGAGGUGGUGUAAAUGUUGGGUUGACACCCGCCUGA